CACGUGGUUUGCGCGGUUUGUCAGAUCCCGCGUGGUGGAGAGGAAAUUGACAGUUUUGAAAAGAGUGAGAAGUACAUUUCCAAUUUUUUCAAAGAAUAAGGACUAUCACUAUGUCAGAAUCACUUAAAAUGAGACGAGUAAGAGACUUCAAAUUUGCCAGGCCAUGGGAAAACGAUUAUGACUCUGACUCCAGGAAAGAUGAUGAUGGCUUGAGUGAUGCAAGACGUAGACGUGGAAAUCUACCUAAAGAAGCUGUCCGCAUCCUGAAGACCUGGCUUUAUGAGCACCGCUAUAAUGCGUACCCAUCAGACCAGGAAAAGGUGUAUCUCUCCUCGGCCACUAAUCUGACUGUACUGCAAGUGUGUAACUGGUUCAUUAAUGCUCGUCGUAGAAUUUUACCAGAAAUGAUCAAGAAAGAUGGUCAGGAUCCCCUCCAGUACACCAUCACCCGCAAGCAUAAGCAGUCACUGUUAGACCGUGUCACCUUCACGUCAGGUGGUUACAGUACAGAGAGUCCCUUGGAGUCGAAGAUGGGAGAGCCAGAUGGCUACAUGUCUGACUGUGAGGCCUCCUCCAGUGACUUUUCCUCAGAGCCAGAAUCUGCUUCCCCAGAUGUUAGCCAGUCCAGAACCAGAGGAGAAAGUUUUUCCCAGGAGAACCUUUCACCACCCUCCUCUCCGUCCAGCACUCCCCAGAAUGCGGACCUCUUUAAAUCCUUUUUCAUGCUGGUUGAUGUGGCACUGAACCAGAUUCCUAAAGAGUCCGGCAGCGAGACUACUGAUUCCUCCAACUCCUCAGUGUAGCAAGUCGGACCUAUACAUGUUCUUUGUAUUUUUUGAUUGAUUUGCAUCAUUACAUGCUCAUUCCAUGUUCAAAUGUAAAUAUAUACCAACUAACAAUUUCAAGUCUACAUUUUCAUUAUUAAUACUUUGUCACAAUGUUAAGACUCAAACUGAAUACCAGCCUGUAUUAUGAAGUAAAGUAAAUAUUAAGGUUGUGCAAUAGACAGAUCGGAAAUUGUGCACAUCUGUAUGCCUGCAUGUAUUGGCCGAAAAAAAAAAUAAAGCCAUCUGUGUUCAUUGGUUCUCUAGUUUGUCCUUCAUUAUGUUUUUGUAGUGAAAAAUACUGCCUGUACAUGUAUUAUAAACCACUAUUCCUCCAGUUAUUUGUGGAGAUGUACCUUGUUAUGUGGUCUAGUGCCAUUUUGAUGCAAUAUAUGUUUGCUUCUUAUUUUUCAAUUGUCCACGCACAGUAAGUUCACUGGUCAGAAUAACCUUUCAGGUGGUUCUAUUUGCUUUUCAGUUCUUGAAAGUCUUGGGAAAAUUCAUUACCUGUCACCACAUGAGCAACAGUGUAUAGUGAUUUGUUUGUUAAGGGUAUGUAAGGUAUUGAAAGCAGAAGGUUCAUAAAGGGGGGAAAACUUUGACAUGCUGCUAUCCGUAAAUUUUGAAACCAUACUUGUAAAUUGAAAUUUCCCCACCACCACCACCACAUUUGGACAACUGUUGUGCGUGGACAAUACAAUAUGUGCUUAGUACAUUGUGAUUAGAAGUUAAUGUUAAUUGGGAUGGAUAUUUUGUGAUCAAGUAUGCUUUUUUGUUUUAUAGAUUUUUAACCUGAUUAAUUUUCUUUAUCUAACAAGAUAUUAAUCAUGUUUCAAUAUUAUGACAGUUUAACUGUUGCUUUAUCUCUCUUGCAUUUAUAUAUAUAUUCUAUAAAUCCUCGUCGAGUAUCCACUGCUGUACAUUUUACAAAAAUUUAAAC